CGAGACACUGACAGCAGAUCACAACUCACCUCCUCUCUCCCUGACACACUCUCCCAGUUGAAGUCACUGAAAUCUCUCCACCUUUCACACAAUAAACUGUCCACCUUCCCUCCCCAUCUUUGUCAGCUAUCACACCUCCUGUUUGCCGAUCUAUCAACCAAUCAGAUUGCAGAGAUCCCGGCUGAGAAUGUGGAGACUAAAGGUGCUAAGAGUAGAAGAACACACUCCAGUUGGGACUUGGGAGGCAUCCCUCCCUCCCUCCUCUCCUCCUCUGCCAUCAGUCUCCUCUGUACAUCUGGUAUAUAUAUAGCUAACCUCUUCCAGAACAGGGAGCUGGAGGACCUUCCUGAGUAGCUACCAGCUGUAUAUGGAGAGAUACACUGCUACCAAAAGAAAGGCUGAUUAGCAUUUUAUUGCACAAUACUCCAUUUUGUAUGGUAUAAUGUCAGGAACUAUUCAUGUGGUAACAAGAAAGAAGGAAAUUUUGAUAGUGGAUGGAGUGCAGAGCCAUGCAAGUGUAUAGCUGUAUUUAAACAAAGUACAUUACUAAAAUC